AUGCGUGCGUGCGUGUGCGUGCGCAUGCGUGCGUGCGGGGGACUUUUUCAGAACUCUUCCCCGCCCUUCAGAGCGCGUGCAGCGUGCGUGUGCGUGCGUGUACGUGCGUGUGCGUGCGGGCGCCCGUGCGUGCGGGGGGAUGUUUCGGCCGCUCUCUUGCGGGCCCUCCGGAGCCUCAGAUGCUGUGGUUCGUCCGUCCUUGCCCCGUGGCGCGACGUCCUCGAAGCCAGCCGGGCCGUUUCCCCGCAGGUCGGUUCUGCCCUUUUCCGCCUGGAGAAGGCCCGCGGCUCACGUGCCAGCGGCCCGACCAGAGCAGCGCCGCCAGCGGAGCCCUUCCGUUCCCUUGGCUCCGGCCCGUCCAGGAAAUGGCCGGGUCGUCUGGGUCUGUGCACCCGCGCCGUUCUCCGCUCCGACUGCCGCCGCCGCGCCGCAGGCCGCCGUGCUCGGCUACCGGGAUCGGGAUCGCUGCUGCAGGCCUCGCCUGGCGCCUCGCCUCCGUUCUCACCGAGCACAGUGACAUGUAACGUCGCACCACCUUCCCCGGGGCUCUGCUGCUUUCAAACAAGUGUCAGGCUGUGUGACGUGGACUCGGAAGACCCUGGUGGGCCGAUUGCGCUCGCUCACCCUUGGAGCUCCAGACACCUGGCUCUGUCGAAUCGCUUGCAGUUCCUGAAACCACCCCUGUCCCUUACGGGGCAUCUGCAGAUACUAAUUUUCCUUUCCAGAACAAUCUUCCCCGCUCUACGCCUACUUCGAAUUCAGCCUUCAACUUGUGGCCCAGAUGCCCCUUCUUUCAAGUUCUUUCUGCACAGAGAUCGCGCAGGAUACCUUUGCACUCUACUGCUGGUACAGUGCUUAGCCAGCAAUCCUGAGCCAGAGGGAAAAUCCUUGGCUCGAAGAGUUGUGCAUACGUUGGGGCCUGAGAUGAUACCCAGAGGAAAACUGCCUGAAAUCCUCAGGGACCAGGCUGCACAGAGGGUUCUCAGAGACAAAAGAUGUAAGAAAAGGGAGAAGCAAUAAGGGUUCUACAGAAGCCACAGUCUUCUGCCUGUUUUCAAGGUUCAGCUCUAUCUGCUCCCAAGGUAAGUAACCACUCUGACUCAAUGGAGGAAGGAUUAAAAGCCUUGAUUAAAGCUUUAAGAUUUUAACCAGUGGGCCAGGCUCAAAUAGAAACACUAGGCUGAUCUCUGAUGCUUUAAUGCCAAAAUGUUGGGCCAACAUUUCUACCAGGAAAAAAUGGCUUCCAGAUGAGGCAUCUGGCAGUUGAGCCCAUAGGAGCAUAUGUGUUUACUGUGUCCAGAUAAGUCAACACUUUGACUGAGCACCUACCCUGUGCCCAGAACUGGACGGAGUCAACUCUGAGCGUCUGGCAGCAGCCCUGCAUAUAUUUGCUUUUGCCUUAUGACGGCAGAACAACAGAAGGCAAGAGAAGGCAGUUAUGUUGUGGAGACAGAGUUUGAAAGAGUUCUUCUGGUGUGUACACUCUUCCAGCUCAUUGGCAAAGUUGCUUCCUUCAAUAUAUUAUUUAUUGCAAGUCUUACUCCUGCCCUAGGUGAGGCUAACAGAACAAUGCAAAUGGGCAUCAUGGAACCCUAGAAAGGAGAGAUCAAAAUUAGGCAGCCCCUGGACAUAGGGCUGGCAGAGACUUUUUUAUUUUUUAAUUGGCAACACACAUUGCCUAGUUGCUGGUCAAUGUUAAGUAUAUACCCACGUUUGUCCAUAACAGCCCUUUGAAGUAUUAUUAUUAUUGUCCCCAUUUGAUGGCUGUAGAAAGGUUAGAGAGGUUAAGUAAGCAACCCAAGGUGAUGCCAAUGUGAAUUUUAUUCAGCUAAUGAUAUGGGCCGAAUUCACUUGCCAAUAUUUACAAAUUUGGAGAUUUACACAAAAGUCCAGAUUAUGGUGUUUCUUUAAAAACUGGAAGAUCUGAUAAUACUGGGUGCUAUGGUAAGCAAAACUAAGCUGUAAAAUGUAAACAUUUAUUAGUGAGCAUGCAUAAAAACUCAUACCUGUUUUGCAAAUUCUGCAAAGUUCCCACUCUUUUCUCAGCAGACGCCAGGAAGACAAAAAUGACACAGUGUCCUAACCACAGAUUCAACUCUCUUUCUGGUGAGAUUAGGCAAGAUUAGAAUUCCAUAAAUUAUGAGCCAAAGAAUCAAAUGGAGCUCCAGACCAAAGAUAUUCCUCUCAAGUUUUUGGGCUUCUGGGCUUGUAAGAUUCUCAAAUCCCAUUCAUGCAAGGACAGAAGAGCAUGCAUAAAAUUUACUCGUUGCAUCCAUAAGAAAUUAUGUCUAAAGAUCAGGGUAACUGUAUAACUUAUUGUCUAAAUUAGGACUCUUGCAGUUGUUUAAGUGGUUGUCUGUUUCUCAGUUUAUUGAAACUUGUCUUCAAAUCCAUCCUUCACUGCUAGCUCUGCUAUAAUAUAGGUGAACCUAUAUUCUGAAUAUUUCUCCUUCGUCAACUGGAAUGUGGUGAUGCUUUGUCAAUAUAGAACACUGGAGGAACACUAGAGGAGGAAGAUGCACUCCUCUCCAUGAUUUUGCAUGUAGAGUUUCUCUAGAAGCUGAGUCUGGUGGCACAUGGUGUGGCCAGUGAUGCCCAGUGGACAGCAACUUCCUGCAAGGAGCCCCGUGAGCAGCUUUGCAGCUGAGUGCCAUCAGGGAGUUACCUCUAUAACUGUUAUAACCUCUAUAACAUGACUUCCCUAAAGAAUCCCUUCCCAGCUUGUAGCAAAGUUUUGAGGCACAGCACCUCCUGAAGGACAAUUUCCCCCAGCACUUUAGAAGGUGGAAUUCCAGCAAGUUCCACUGACCUGGUACUAUAGUGAUUGAUUUCUCAGACAGCCAGUAAACCACAGGCACAUCCUCUCCUCCACCGAGGCCUGGAACCCAAGCCUGGGAGGUGAGGGGCUGUGUCUCUCACCUGGAUGGUAUAUUUCAGCCUUAGGGUCAGGGCUGUACCUUACAUCUGCAAUUUUGUAUUUUUCUGGAAUUUCCCUUAACUCUCAUCAAUUUCCCAUUGUGCCAGUCUCCUGUGACGAGUUGUUUAUAUUAAAGUUUCACUGUACAAAUUACUGUGUGCUUUCUGUUUUGAUGGGAUCCUGACUGAUAAACAGUUGGAACUUAGAGUGGUCUCAGGAGAUAGAGUGGCACAGAUGGGACGUGGGGAUUGGUUUGGUGGUACCCUUUGAUUUGAGCGUGCUGCCGAGCUCCUUAGCAGUGGGAGAUGAGAUGCUAGUAAGCCAUGGUGCAGUGCAAUCACAAUUAGUCAAGCUAGUACCUGUGGUAGAUUAUGAUGAAGUGCCAAUUAAGCAUGUGCCUUGGGAGCCCAAGUGGCUGCUAUACUUGGCCCUUAUAGUAAGAGUGAUGACUGUAAGAUCUGUGGUGUGAGAUGGAUGGAUCCUUCUGAGUGCAUUUGAGCAUGGAAAGAAAGAAAAUGACAAGCUCAGGGCCCUUGGCUUUCAGCACAAGUCACAUGGUCUGAGAGAUGGGAGCUUCUA